ACCACACUCAAUCUCUCUUCCUCAUACUUUGGAAGUGCAAAAAAAAUAAAAAAAUAAUGGCAACUUUUCCUAGAUUUUUUGUUGUCUCAGUAGUUGUUUUUUCUUGCUUUGGAGUCACUGCUUAUGGUGCCCUUUUUUCCUCCAUUCAGAAAACUCUUCUACUCAAUUCUUCACCUUCACAAGGACAAGUGCUGCAAGCUGGGGAAGAACAAGUGACAAUAACAUGGUCAUUGAACAAGAGCUACCCAACUGGAACAGACUCAAAUUACAAGAUAGUGAAGGUGAAAUUAUGUUAUGCCCCAGUGAGCCAAGUGGACAGAGGAUGGAGGAAGUCCAACGACAAUCUCGAAAAGGACAAAACUUGCCAAUUUAACGUUGUAACAAUACCAUAUAAACCUUCAAAUAACAAUUUUACUUGGACUAUAGAGAAGGAUGUUCCUACUGCUACCUAUUUCAUUAGGGCUUAUGUUUAUGACUAUGCUGGUGAAGUUGUUGCCUAUGGACAAACUACUGAUGCUCACAAGAAAACCAACUUGUUCAAAAUCACGGCAAUCACAGGCCGCCAUGUCACCAUGGACAUUUGCGCCGCCUGCUUCUCUGCUUUCUCCGUCGUCUCCCUUGUCGGAUUCUACUAUGCUGAGAAGAAAAUGGCUAAAAGUACCCAGCAAUAAAAUGAUUAUUAUAUAUUUGUUUACUGCUCCAGCAAUAUCCUAGACUUAAACAUAGGUAGAAGUAAGUAGCAGGGAAAUUCUAGCUUGUUAUAUUUGUUAGCUUGUAUAAAAUAAGUACUACUACUAUAGUUACUGCUUUUAUUAA